AUGUUUUCCGCCGCCCGACGAGCUGUGGCCAGGCCUGCCGCGGCAGCCAUUGGCCGAGUAUCACUCAAUGCCUAUGCCCACCAGCGUCUGCUCUCUGCUCUUGCGAUCCUGGAGCAGCGCGAGGGCCAGCUCAGCGCUGGUUCCUUGAGCGCCGUGACUGCGGCCAAGGCCAUUGGCGGCAGCGUCCACGGCUUCCUGGCCGGCGGCAGCGUCAAGAGCGCCGCUGAGCAGGCCGCCAAGGUUGACGGCGUCGAGAAGAUUAUUAUCGUCGACAAUGCCGCCUACGAAAAGGGCCUCCCCGAGAACUACGCUCCUCUGCUCGUCGAAAACAUCAAGAAGGGAGGAUACACACACGUCAUUGCUGCCAACUCGGCUUUUGCCAAGGGUGUGCUGCCCCGCGUCUCUGCUCUGCUGGACUCGCAACAAAUCUCCGACGUCACUUCUAUCCAAGACGAAAAGACCUUUGUCCGACCCAUCUACGCCGGCAACGCCAUUGCUACCGUCGAGUCCUCCGACGCAAUCAAGGUCCUGACCGUCCGAGGCACUUCUUUUGCCGCCGCCACCCCUGGCUCCGGCUCUGCUGCCAUUGAGGAGGGUGUUGAUCCCAAGGCCGAAGCUACCGCCGAAUGGGUAUCGGAAGACCUCGCCAAGUCCGAUCGCCCUGAUCUGUCCACGGCUGGCAAGGUCGUCUCCGGCGGCCGCGGUCUCAAGUCCAAGGAAGAGUUUGACAGAAUUAUGCUGCCCCUCGCCGACGCUCUCGGCGCCGCCGUUGGUGCUUCGCGCGCCGCUGUCGACAGUGGCUACGCCGACAACAGUCUCCAGGUUGGCCAGACUGGCAAGGUCGUUGCCCCCGAGAUGUACCUCGCUGUCGGUAUCUCUGGCGCCAUCCAGCAUCUUGCUGGUAUGAAGGACAGCAAGGUUAUUGCUGCCAUUAACAAGGAUGCCGAUGCCCCCAUCUUCCAGGUUGCCGAUGUUGGCCUGGUUGGAGAUCUGUUUGAGAAGGUGCCUGAGCUUACUGAGAAGGUGAAGAGCUCGUAG